CUUCGCCUAUAGCCGAGCGCCGGGGUUGCGAUCCGGCCUUGCUUGGUGCGCCGCUGCCGCUGCCGAGACACGCGCUUCGGGCCGCCGACGCGAUGGACCUGCGGAUCCUGGAGCCCCGCGUGCGGGUGCUGAGUCUGGCUCGCAGCGGCCUCUGGCUCUACACGCACCCGCUGCUCAAGAUGCUGCUGCUGCCCCAGCGAAGCAGGUGCCCCACCGGGACGGGGUGGCUCGGGUUCCGAGCGGCGUGUAUGCGUGUCGUCGUGCGUACACACACACGCGUGUACACCAAGGGGUUGAAGGAAGGAGGACGGAAAGGGGAUGCGAGAGUCUCGAGAGGAGAAGGCUUCAUUGAGCGAAGGUUGCCGAGACCCAUUUUAGAAGCCCGCGCACGUGUAAACUGAGGUUGUGGGAAGCUGGGCCGAGGAGGCGUGUUGAGUGUUGUGGACCGUCCGCAGGGUGAAGCCCUUUGGGGAAGGGGCAGAAUUGGUCCCUGUUAGGUGCGCUCACGUGCCGCAAAGGAUUGGGUGCAAGUUGUGGGGAUGGAUCAAGGUGGUAUAUUGAACGUGUGGAUUGGGGUAAAGGGGGGCGCGUGCACAUAUGGUCCAAGCGGUUGUUUUGGUGAGCAAAUGAGGGUGUGUGUGUGAGAGAGAGAGUUUGAGAGAGAGAGUGAGUUUGAGAGAGAACUGGACUACAUUCUUCCUCUCUCUCAAUGGAUUGGGUUCCUCCGUGCGUGUAUAUGAGUCUACUAGUAGGUUGUGGGAAUGCACAAACACAAGAGUGCAUUGUUUUGAGUGCAAUGUGCGAAAGCCUCUUUUGUCACUGCAGGAUUGGGCCCACCUACCUGAGAGCUGUAGGGAGUGUGUGGAGCAUUCUGAGUAAACCUAUUUGGGGAGAUGCAAUCCUGACCCCACUUGGACAUAGUAAGGAUUGCCUCCAAACUCUUGCUUUGCAUGGGAUCUUAUAAGAUAGGCAGGAUGCUUUGCUGCAGACUCGGCUCAGGGAAUUACUGAAAACACUUCUGUUUCUUUAUAUGGAGUGAGCCUUGUUUGGGCAGCAAGUAUCUUUGCUCAGCAUCUUGUAACACAGAACGUGCUACCCUGUUUAAAACCCAGAGGACGAGCAGCUGAAGACCCAACCCUGCCUGAAACAGGGAAGUCUGGUCUCUGUGUGCCUCUUCUCCCAAACUAAGGGUUAAAAACUGGGUGUUGGGUGAGCAAGUGAUAAUAUUCCUGUAGUAACAGCAGACUAUUCUUGCUGGUGUUUGAGCCCGUGGGACUCUGCUUCUUUCUCCUGUUUUUCAAAGCAAGCCUCCAAAGUGCAGGCCAAGGUUUUAAAUAUGUUCUGCUUAUUAUAAGCACUCCCACACUUUGUGCUUGGAGUCAAAUGUGGAAAAAAAUGUGGUUUUUUUUAAUUAAAGAAAAAAAGAAAAAUCCUCCCUUUUCUUAGGAUUGAAAAUGGACCCCCCCUCUACUUUUUCCUCCUACAGUUGGCUUGCAAAGGCUGGCAAAAACAACCUAACUAACACCCUCCUCUUACCCGCCUUGCAGAGAAUAAGCAAACAAUUACAACGUGUUAUUAGAUCAGCCCUUCCAACUGGAUCUCACAGUUGGCUGGCAGCCCCUCUCUUUCCAAUAUAUAUAAACACACACAGGGGGUUUCUCUCCAAUUCCAGAAUCUAAACUCAUUGGGAGGGGGGACUCUUGCAAGUGUGCAACGCCAGAAGUUGGUCAGCACAGGGAAAUAUUUCUGGAGUUCCACACUUACAAGAGCCCCCCCCCCCUGCUUUGGGAUUCUGGAAUUGGAGAGAAAGUCCCUGUGUUUUUGCUGAGUCUUUCAGUUAAAGCAGCUGUUUCCGAAAUAGGAGGUACUGCCCCCUAUAGGGAGUCACCGGGAGGUGGUGUUUUAAGGCUCCUGUUAAGUGACUUAGAAUCAGAAUUGUAGGGUUGGAAGGGAUCGCAAGGGUCAUCUAGCCCAACCCCCCUGCAAGGCAGGAAUCUUUUGCCCAGAGAUUAAAAGAGUCUCAUGCUCUGCUGAGUGAUCUAUUCCAGAUGUUGGGAAACUGGUAUCCCUUCGUCAAGCCCAUCUAUCACAUUAAGAGUUUGCCGAGCAGUGAAGUAGUUAACUAAAGAUGGUAAUCUAAGCCUCUUAUCUAAGACUUGCUAAAUGAUUGUCAGACUCUGGGAAGCUGGUAUCGCUGGAUCAAGUUUUAUCAGUUGUGUUGAAUUAAUUAAAUUUAGUUUAAAUCGGAUUUUGAAUGAAUGCAUGAUUAACUGCUACUGUUUUGGAUGUUAUUGUGCUGAUAUCUUCCUUAGUGGGUCAUGCAAACCUCUAUUCUGAAUAAUGCAUUUUAUAGGGUGCUGAAUCAUCGAGUUGAAAGGCAUCAUCUAGUCUAAUGGAGGAAUCUUUUGCCCACCCUAGGGCUCGAACCCAUAACCUUGAGAUUAAGAGCCUUCUGUUCUACCGAUGGAGCUAUCCUUCAGGGGCACUGGGAAUGAGUUUAUGGUGGCUUGAAAAAGUUUGGGAGCCACUGAUCUGAAGCAAAUAAUUUCAUUGCUCAUGUUCUGGUUUCUUACUCCCGUAGCCCAGUCCAGUCCAAAUAGAUCACAUCAAGAUUUAGAGUCCCCAACGCUGCAGAGCGAAUGAGGGGGGGCGGUUUGGGGUGUGUGAAGUUAGCCGAGAAAUAAAAAUUCUUCAGGCACCACCAUUGUUAAAUUUUUGGUCUCUUGACAAUCAAGGGCUGUUGUUGUUGCCUUUUAAAAUCCCCCAAGUUCUGUUAAAAUCCUCAGGAUGGAGUUCUGCCUUGCAUAGGAUCCCCAUGCAUUUAAAACUCACCCAACUGCAUGGUUUAUUUUCAACAUGGAAUUAGGAGGUUUCUGUAGUGAAAUAAUCUGAAUUUCUUCCCUGCAGAGUUGUGGGGAGUGGUUUUCUCUUCCGCAAAGUACCAAUGGAUUUAGUUCUACAGCUAUCAGAACAUUUGUUCGCCAUUCAUAAUAUUUUACCUUAAUUUCUUAGUAUGUUACAAUUUUAAGUUCUCGGUUGUCAGGAGUUUCUGUUACAUCUCUGAGGUUGCAUCAGUGUAAACAGUGGUUUGUUUGUUUUUAAACUUUGUUUUGUUGAAAUGCCACAUAACUUGUAGCAACCCUCUAGGGUUUCUAAACAAGGGUCUGUCUCCCCUAGCCAGACCUGGAGAUGCUGGCGAUUGAUGCUUCGCUUCUGAGCUAGCAUCCCUUCACUAUACUGAGUCAGACCCUUUGUCCAUCUAGCUGAGUUUUGCCAGCACUGACUGGCAGCAGCUCUCCAAGGUUUCAGAUAGGAAGUCUCUUGCCAAGGAGUCCUGUGUCUUCCCAGAGCGAUAUCUGUAUAUUUCCAAUCCUUUGGAGACUCUCUGCGGUCUUUAUUUGUCCAUCCCUCUUGGUAGAAGCAGAACUGAACAGUUACAGUUCUAUUUGGGUAAUUGAUGUUGACUCCUAGAAAUGUGAAAUAGAAUAAUAGAAUCGUAUAUUGUAGAGUUGGAAGGGACCCCAAGGAUCAUCUAUAGGCUUCCUCAAACUCGGCCCUCCAGAUGUUUUUGGCCUACAACUCCCAUGAUCUCUAGCUAGCAGGACCAGUGGUCAGGGAUGAUGGGAAUUGUAGUCUCAAAAAUAUCUGGGGGGCCGAGUUUGAGGAAGCCUGAUCUAGUCCAACCCCCUGCAAUGCAGGAGUCUCAGCUAAAGCAUCCAUGACAGAUGACUAUCCAACCUCUGAUCAAAAAGUUCCAGGGAAGGAGAAAUAGAUGGAGGUCAUGUUUUUCUCCUCUCAAGCUUUUUGGCGUGAGAAUUGCACAAGCGUCUGCUGGAAUUAGGGGACGGUGGUGGCGCUGUGGGUUAAACCACAGAGCCUAGGACUUGCCGAUCAGAAGGUCGGCGGUUCGAAUCCCCGCGACUGUCCCUGCUCCUGCCAACCUAGCAGUUCGAAAGCACGUCAUGUGCAAGUAGAUAAAUAGGGACUGCUCCGGCGGGAAGGUAAACGGUGUUUCCGUGUGCUGCUCUGGUUCGCCAGAAGCGGCUUAGUCAUGCUGGCCACAUGACCCGGAAGCUGUCUGCGGACAAACACCGGCUCCCUCGGCCUAUAGAGCGAGAUGAGCGCGCAACCCCAGAGUCGGUCACCUAUCUAAUCGUCAGGGUUACCUUUACCUGCUGGAAUUCUGCAAGGGAGAAUGGGAAUGAGAGAAUGGGAAGAAAACUAGAACAAACACAGCUGUAGCUCAGUGGCAAAGCAUCUGCUUUGCUUGUAGAACGUCCCAGCUUCGUUCUCUGGCAUCUCCAGGUAGGGCUGGGGGGUGACCUGAAGGAGUGUUUCCACCCCCAUAGUUCAGCCCGGACACUGAGGUUCAGCUCUGAGGGCCUUCUGGCGGUUCCCUCACUGUGAGAAGUGAGGUUGCAGGGAACCAGGCAGAGGGCCUUCUCGGUACCUGCCCUGUGGAAUGCCCUCCCGUCAGAUGUCAAGGAAAUAAACAAAUUUCUGAUUUUAGAAGACAUCUGAAGGCAGCCCUGUUUAGGGAAGCUUUUAAUAGUGGAUGAAUUAUUGUAUUUUAGUAUUUUGUUGGGAGCUGCCCAGAGUCCCCAGGUGGCAUAAUAAUAAUAUGCCUGAAAUCCAGGGAUAAGCAAACUUUUUCAGCAGUGGGCCCUGUCCCUCAGACCUUGUGGAGGGCUGGACUAUAUUUUGAAAAAAGAAGAAUGAAUUCCUAUGCCCCACAAAUAACCCAGAGAUGCAUUUUAAAUAAAAGCACACAUUCUACUCAUGUAAAAAUACGCUGAUUCCCGCAUCGUCCGGCCCGCGGGCCUUAGUUUGCCUACCCAAGUACCUGGAGAGACACUGCCAAUCAUUCCGGACUGUCAACAGUACAGAGCUAGAGGGGUCAGUGGUCUGAAUGUAAUAGGCAGGUUCCUGAGUUGAUUUUGCCUCCCAUUAGCCAGCCAUUAGUUGCACGUAGCAACUGGCACUUGUGCUAGGGUUGGAAAUGAAUUGGAAGCAGAUGCAUGUGGAGUAAUAUAUAUACAGUGGUAUCUCAGGUUAAGUACUUAAUUUGUUCCGGAGGUCCGUUCUUAACUUGAAACUGUUCUUAACCUGAAGCACCACUAGUUAAUGGGGCCUCCCGCUGCCGCCGCGCCGCUGGAGCACGAUUUCUGUUCUUAUCCUGAAGCAAAGUUCUUAACCUGAAGCACUAUUUCUGGGUUAGCGGAGAGUGUAACCUGAAGCGUAUGUAACCUGAAGGGUAUGUAACCCGAGGUACCACUGUAUGUAGCGUGCAUAUAUAUAUAUAUAUAUAUAUAUAUAUAUAUAUAUACACACACACACACAAACGAAAAAAACAAAACUCCUGCCUGCCACACUUUGGGCUACUUGAAAUUUCUGGGUGCUUUUUUCAAAGGCUAGCAAACAUUCAUGCAGUUGGCUAAAAAUUAAAAAAAUGCAAUGCUGAUUUUUCUUCUUCUUCUGUCUUCCCAGGUGCAAAUUCUUCAGCUUGACAGAGACUCCUGAAGACUAUACAAUCAUGCUGGAUGAAGAAGGCUUUAAAGGUACCAAUGUCUGUCCUUGACUCCCAGCGUGGCAUUGUUGCCGUUUCCGACAGCUGUUGAUUCAGUUUAAUUUAGGGUGCGCUGCACGGGAUUACUUCCAUGUAGCUGCGUGAAACCCUCAAGGGGGACGUUAUGGUGAAGGAAGAGCUUAUACCUGCCGAUAAAGGAAUACUUGGAGCUUAAGUUGUUCCUUUUUCAGCCUCAGGGCCACAUUCCUUUCUGGGUGAUAUUCCGGGGGCCACAUGUCAGUGGUGGGCAGGGCCAGAGGGAAAAAUGGGUGGGAGCAAUGGAUGUAAGUGAUGCCUUUGUAGGGUAGGCUAGUAUCUACACUCUUCCCACACCCCUCUCUCCUACAUCUGGCUGGAGGUGCGGGUUUAAGAAAAGAUUAUUGCUAGGCAAUCAUGGAGGGUGUAAAGCAAGGUGGGGGAGGAGGCGGGGCCUGGGGAGAGGAGGCGGGGCCUGGGGAGAGGAGGCGGGGCCUGGGGAGAGGAGGUGGGGCCUGGGGAGAGUCCCUAAUGCCAGAUAGAGAGGAGUGAAUGAUUCCCCAUCCCUGACUUUAUGCAAUUUUCUGGGUUUAAUUUUUGUUGCUUACCAAAAAAAGAGAGCCUUUUCUCUGAUGCUGAAAUGGCCCAUCACAAGGUUAUUAUGCCUUUUGGGUCUUAACUGGCACCUUGGUUGGAGUCUACACUUAAGAGCAUUCAUACGCCACUUAACUUUUCUUAAUUAAAAAAAAUCUCUUCGCAUAUGAUCUAAGAAAGCCGGACAAUAUAUCCUUAAAACAAAAAUGCGUUGUAAAACCAGUCCUAUAAAAACACUAGUAAUAGAAAGAGAAAUGGAAAUUCUGAGGAUUCAGACGCAUGAAUCUGAACCCAACCUUAUGGGUCAGGGAACGCCUGGACAAAAAGCAACGUGGGAAAAGGAUUUAGGCCCUGCCACUGAGCCUUCGCUGGAUAGGAGCAAAAGUUCAUCUAGUCCAGGAAGCCCUGAGAAAAGGAUGUUUUUUAAUGGGGGUUGGCAGGCAACAUCCUUUGCAUGCAGACAGACCCUGGUUAAAUUUCUGGCAUCUCCAGUCUUUUUUUUUAUUUAAAGAAAAAAAUAUUUCCUUAGUAUGAGAUGCUGCUGGUUAGAGCAGGUGAUACUGGCCUGGAGGGACUUAACACACUGAUAUUGUAAGGCAAGCAGCUUCCUAUGUGCUGUUGAUCAAUUUUGCCAGGUGACCCCGCCCUGGACUUAAUUUUGAGCAUUAUCAAGAGAUUGAGAGAGAGAGAGAGAGAGAGAGAGGAAAAAGAAAAUCCCCUUGCUGUUCUCUGCUUUUUCCAAGUAUAGGAGGGAACAGAUGGAGAGCAGAUGUUGGUAUUGUGCGUCUGUUUUAUUUACCCCAUGGGGAAGAGGGAGCAGGGCCACAGGAAGGGAGAUAGGAAGCCGCCCCGGUCACUGCUGACAACAGCAGCUUUUGUAUAACUGCUUCCUGGAUGCACUCCAGAAUGGCUUUGGCAGGACAUUUUUCAGAGCGGAUGGAAGGCGUGGCCUUCCCAAGCUGUGAUUUCUUUUGGUGUUGUUCCCAUGGAAAAGCAACACACACACACAUCCAUUGGAGUGAUGCAUAAAUGUGGCUACCUGGCUGCUUGUGUGAGAGAAGCUGGAAGGGGCCAGGCAGGUGAAGUCUUGGUUUUUACUCAGCCAAGGGAUGGUUUGGGGUUUCCCCCCCAUUUUAUUUAUCUCAGUGUGGUGUAGAGCCAGUGUGGUGUAGUGGUUAAGAGCGGUAGUCUCGUAAUCUGGGGAACCGAGUUCGCGUCUCCGCUCCUCCACAUGCAGCUGCUGGGUGACCUUGGGCCAGUCACACUUCUCUGAAGUCUCUCAGCCCCACUCACCUCACAGAGUGUUUGUUGUGGGGGAGGAAGGGAAAGGAGACUGUUAGCCGCUUUGAGACUCCUUAAAGGGAGUGAAAGGCAGGAUUUCAAAUCCAAACUCUUCUUCUUCUACAUAUACCGCACUGCUUGAUUGUAAAACAAACAAGCAGACCUCGGAAGAACUUGCAGAAAGAAGGAAACAAUAAAAUUACCAGUAAAAAAGAAGAUAUUUUAAACAUUUUUUUCCAGAAAAAUAGAUCAAAGCACCCAACAUUCUGUGUGCCGUCCAUGUCCUGAUAGGCAUGCAUAAACAAAAAUAUUUUAAGCAGGCGCCAGAAAGAGUGCAGUGAAGAUGCCUGCCUGGUGUCAAGUGGCAGGGAGUUCCAAAGUAUGUGUGCUGCAGUACUGUAUGAUGUAUAGGCAACCUGGAAAGGCCAUGGGGAGGGGAGGGGGUUCCUUUUCUGGAAUCUCCAGUGUUUAGCCUUUUCUCCAGGCAGUGACCGGGAUUUACAUAACCUUUGCUAACUUGCUUCCAAGAUGUUUGCUUUCAUUCACACCAGAUUCUCUUAAAAGGGCCAUUCUGACCUCCCGCCCCCUUGGAAGUUGAGAGCAGCUGAUUUGCCAGUGCUUUUUUUUCCUCUAGAAGUCUAGAGAUGCAGCUUUAUUCUUUGGAUAAAAAGCUCUGGUGCUUUCUUGGUUGAUGUUUUUUUUUGGUUGUUUUUUUUUGAGAAGUCCUUGCUCUCCUUCCCAGGAUUUCUACAGCCUGGUUGGUUGGCCAUUGUUCUUCUGAACGACUCCAUCCUGUUUCCUUGGAACAGAAGCCCCCAAAAGGCCCAUUCAAAAGUAACCCUUUGCCUUCCGCUGGGAAGGGUAGGCAGCGCCGGCAAAUGACGCAACAGCUUUGCUUCCCACCUGCAUCGCUCCCUCUCUCCAUAUAUAAAUGUAGAUAUGUGGUUGUGCUUUGACACCCAAGCCAGAUGCCGUUUGUGCAUUUCCCAUGGCACGAGAGGGGGAGCAGGAACGUCUUUGACACCCUUGGCCCCACCCCUAUCAUGUGUUGCGUCUAAAUAUCUGCAACGGAGGGCAAGUUAGAAUCUUAAGAUUCUGAGUUAGAACCUUGGGUUAAGUAAGGUUCUCAUUUAGAACAUUGCAUAGUGCAGGGUUCUAAACUGGAAUGCUCUUCCAAUAAAGAUUCAGCAAGUAUCUUCUAUAUCAUCAUUAUCAUGAUUAUCAAUAUUAUUAUGAUUAUCAUUAUUAUUACUAUUACUAAAUUUAUUACCCACUCUUCACCAGCACGCCCUAUGGUGAGUUACAGCAAUUUCAAACUUAAAAUUAAGAACAGUUAAAACAGGUUACAGCCACAGGAAUAGGGUGAAAACACACACCUCCGCUUUUAACACCUGAGAAGGUCUGUAGGGAAGGAAGCCAUCUCUUGGAUAUUUGUAAGUGUUAGAACCUUGGGUUAAAGUUCUGACUUAGAACCUUGAACAGUGCAGGGUUCUAAAUUGUGGGGUGCUCUUCCGAUAGAGAUUCAGCGGGCGUCUUCUAUGUUAAACCUCUUAAUGUUUGCCUCUGAAGGCAGCUUGCUGGAAGGUGGGGGCGGGGGAGUGCUCUUGUGCCUGGUUCCUGCUUGCGGGUUUGCCAUUGAGAGAAGAGGAUGCUGAACUUGAUGGGCCAGUGGUCUAGUCCAGCAUCCUCUCCUGUUCUUCCUCCUUGUGUCUUUUGGUCUGGUCGAGCAAAGGCGGUUCAUAUCUUCUGAAUUAACCUCUGGAGUAGCUGAAUCAACAAGAAUCCUUGUUGGCCGAGAACACCAUGUACUUGCUUCCCUCCUUGACUGGGGACUGUUCCAAGCCCCUUUUUGGCUCUGCUUCAUUCUGGGGAGAGAAAGAGAGAGAGAGCGCUAAAAUCUCUGGUUUGUCUUAGGUGGGAACGGGCUUGCCAAAGGCAUCAGAGCCCAUUGGCAGGAAAUUGGGCUUGGAGUCUUGCAGUAAACUGCUGCUCCUGAUUCCAAAACCUCAUUGGAACUCAAAAUUCUGUGAAGUUCCCUGGAUCGUUUAAAAAUAAGAGACAAGUUUUUUUUUAAAAAACCAACAACUUCCGUGUAAAAACUGCAGCACCAUUUUGUUUAUUUAAUUAAAAGUCCUUCUAAACAGCUUAAUAUUUUUUAAACAUUCCUAAGUGCUACAGACUGUGCAAUACAAAAAUAUGCUCAUUUUGGGGUCACCACCCUGUAAUAUUCAGUAGGGUGCAUUGCUGCGAGUAGAAUUUCCCAGAUCUACGUAACCUUGCAGGUCUGUGCAAGGGGAUAAACUUGGUUGUUUGGACAAAAUAAAAAAAAUCCUUCCAGUAGCACCUUAGAGACCAACUAAGUUUGUUAUUGGUAUGAGCUUUCGUGUGCAUGCACACUUCUUCAGAAACCACGAAGAAGAUGGUUGUUUGGGUAAUCUUUUAUGUAGCUACUAGGGGCUACUGCCCCAUUUGUUCUGCUUGCCAGCCCUGCCUACCUGCCAACCCCUUUGCCAGCCCCCCUUCCUUAAACCUUACCCACUUCCUUCACUGUCUUUUCACAGCUUGACCAAAGCCCCACCCCCUUUUAAAGCCCAACCCACUGCUCACUAAACCUCUGUGAAGUGCUUGCCCCCCUCCAUUAAACAACUCACUUGGGCCACCAGCACUGCUCACUUGCUUGCUUACCUGCCUGCUGUCCUGUUGUGACGACAGCCUUACGUUCUUAUGUAUAUAGGAAGAUAAAGAGAUUUAGUUCAGGUUUUGACCUGCGUAGACAGCUGUGUGUAACAUUUGUAAUUUUAUCUGACGAACAUAAGUUGUACUUCAUCAGUAGCAUUCUAUUUUUUUGGAGGGGGGAGCACGAAAACAAAUAUUGGAUCUCCCCCCACCCUUGUCUUCCAGAGCUGCCCCCGUCUGAGUUCCUGCAAGUCGUCGAUUCCACCUGGCUGGUGCUCAAUGUCUCAUCCAACGGCAGCGCUUCCGCUAACCUCCAGCCUAUUGGGGUCACCAAGAUCGCCAAGUCGGUCAUCGCGCCACUGGCAGAGCACAACGUCUCGGUGCUAAUGCUCUCCACCUAUCAGACAGACUUCAUCCUGGUGAGUCUUUGGGGGGGGUGGCUUCCCCCCCAUCCCCAGGGGAGACAGUUGACAAUUGUAAAGGGAGGAGGCCACCUGAGGAAGGGCUGACACUUACUGGUUGAGCCCUUUGUUUUCCCAAAGGCCCGAACUUCAACCCCCAACAUCUCUAGAUACAAUUGGGACUGUGUGCACAUGAUACAUUUAACCAUAGCUGUCAACUUACAGAUUUGAAAAUAAGGGACCAGCAGCCUCGAAAAUAAGGGAUCAGCAGCCAAAAUAAGGCUUAGCUUAUACAGAAAUCCGGAACUGAUGGAGCCAUGCUGCUUUGGCUGCCACUGACUGUGUUUUGCAGGGGGUUGGACUAGAUGAUCCUAAGGGUCUACAACUCCGACCAAAGAAGAGUGGCAGACAAAACUGAUGAACGACGUCCAGAUGGCAAAGCUUACAGGCAGAAUUAGAAACCAGGAAGAGGACCUCUUUAAUAAAGAAUGGGGAAAGUUUAUAAUUUAUUUGAAAAGCUAUUGCCAAGAGUUACAUACAUUGGUAGGAUUGACAGAAAACUUGUAGUAAAAAUUUGAACUAUGGAUGGACAAAUGAUUUAUAAAAAUAGUUAUGAAAGGGAUGCAAAGGGGGAAAUCGCUACAUUAAGAUGCUGCACUGGUUGGAGGGUAUGCAAAGCAGCACGCCGGGGCUGCUGUCCUGUCGCGAGGAGUUCCAUCGGCCCUUCCGCCAGCGAGCCUGGCAUGAGGUGUUUGCGGCGCCGUGGCAGCCGCUGAAGCGCCGCCCUUCUGCGUCCCUCCCCAUCCUCUCCUCUUCCUCCUCCCUCAGGCCGCCUCCUCAGCCGCCGCCACCGCCGCUGCCUCCAGCUUCCCCUGGCAGUGCGGCGGAAGUCUCGCAAGAGAGGGGCUGCCUGCCCGGCCACUGCCACCCAUCUCCUCACGAUGCACCCCUGAGGGGGAAAAGGGAGACAUGGAGACGCAGCUUACGCGCACGCUCUCUCUCACGGCGGAGGACCCCGAGCCGCUGCUUCCCUCCCGAGCUGGGCGAGCAUGAAACCCGGGAAAUUUAAGGGACAUCAGCAAUAAGGGACAGCAGCAGGACACAGCGCUGGGAUAAGGGAGUUUCCCGCCAAAUAAGGGACGGUUGACAGCUAUGCAUUUAAUGUGCUGUGAUACUACUUUAAACCAUCAUGGCUUCUGUCAGAGAAUUCUGGGAGAGGUGUUUUGUUGAAAGUGCUGAGAGUUUUGUUAGGAGGCCUCACAUAGCUACAAUUCCCAGAGCUCCUUGAGAAGAGGGAUUGAUUAUUAUUAUACCACUUGGAGGAUUGUUGGGGUCUCCUAAUGACUCUCAGCACCCUAAACAAACCACAGCUCCCAGAAUUCUUCGGGGGAAGCCAUGAUUGUUCAAAGUGGCGCCAUAGUGGUUUAAAUGUUUGGUGUGAAUGUGGCCGAGGGAAAAAAAGACCGUUUUCUUGAGUCAUAGGACAGUGGUGGAGAAUUGGUUUCAAGCUGAGGGCCGCAUUCUGUUCUGGGCAACCUUUUGGGGGCCACAUUCAGUUCUGGGCAGUGCCCGAGGUGAAAGUGGGCAGAGCAAUGAAUGUAAAUUUUACCUUUGGACAGUAGGCUAGUUUCUGCACACACUCCCACCGUCCUUCUCUAUCCUCCACUUGGACAAGCAAGAGGCAUGACCAGAGUCUAAGGACACAUUCCAGCCAGGCAGAACCACUCAAGGAGGGCACGAAGCAAAGUCAGUGUGGGGUGUGGCCGAAUGCCAGAAAGACAGACUUAGAAGGCCACACUUAGCAUCUAGGCCCGAGGUUCCUAACUCUUGUCCUAGGCUGUUUAUCUUAUGCAUAAUAAAAGGAGAUUCUCCUAAGCGCAUCAGAUGAGUUUUGGCAAGAGCCAGAAUUCGAACUGAAGUCGAACAGACUUUCAGCCUCUUGGGCCACCGCCAGUGGAGGCUAGUCAAUUAGGGUUAAUGGGGCAGUGCCCCACCAACCUCAGCCUGCCUUUGAAGGGGGGAGACCCUGCCUCUCAGUUUCCUCCUCCUCCUCCUCUGUGUUCCCCUUGUAGAACUCAGCCAGGAAGAAGAGGAUGGGGGACAAAUGCUCAAAUUGGUUGGCUCUGCUUGCCACUGGCGCCACCUACUGUUGGCCUCCCUGCCUUCCGCUCUACCCAUCCCAAAAGGCACCAGCCGCCGCUGUGCACCGGCGACGACCUUGGCUCUCUCUUCCAGGUACGGGAGAAGGACCUCCCUGUCGUGAUCCACACCCUGGAAGGCGAAUUUGAUAUUUACAAGGAGGUGAACGGGGAGCCGGUCCCCGCAAGCUGCGACGACGCAACCAACGGGUUCCUCAAGCCAAAGCAAGGUGAGGUUUUUUGGAACGAGAGAGGGCUGCAAUGGAAACAGCCUCUGUAACCUUAUGGCCUCCUUUUGGAGGCUUUGUAAUUGGAUUCCUUGUCUCCACCGCCACCCAGUUUUAUCAAAAAUAUGUCAGGCCAGUCCGAUGGGGACAAAGUUCAUCCAUUGUGUUGAUGCUCUAAGGAGAAGAAAGUAUCUUUUUGUUUUGCUUAGACAAUAGUGGGGUUUGUGCUUUAACCUUGCAAACAGCAGCCUUGCAAACAAAGCUGUGGGAGAUGUUGGCUGAUUUAAAAUAUAUAUAUUUUUAGUCGCCACUCUCUUAGUAGCAUAACCAAGAAACAUUUAAAAAAACUGUGGUUCCCAACCCCCCCUUUUUUUGGCCAUGCCCCACCUAAGCAUCUCUAAAAUCCUGAUGUCCCACCCCCCCCCGGGUGACAUAUACCAUAUUUUUCCAUGUAUAACACGCCCCUGUGUAUAAAACAGCCCAUUCUUUUUGGGGACUCCAAAUUGAGAAAAUGGGGAGAGAUUGCCCAGAGUAUAAGAUGACCCCCAAUUUUUAGCAGAAUUUUAAAAUAAAAAAACCUAGUCUUCUACACGGAAAAAUACAGUAAUUCUUAUUAUUCAAAAAGUGAACUCCUAUUCACGUGGAGGAAGCCUAAAGGGCCAUUAACUUGGUCUAAACAAACUUUCCAAAGAACAUGGUAUCCAUGAAAGAGAAAAAUAAAAGAACAAAAGGACAGAUGAAGUACUGAGGAAGAAAUCACUAAGAAAUUGUUGUAGUAAUAAUAAUAAUAAUAAUAAUGUAAUAUGAAGUGAUAUGAAAAAAUAGCAAAUAAAGUUUCAAAACGUAUAAUAGAAAACUGAAAUGCAUAAAUAUAAAAUAAUUUUAAUGGAAGCUUUUCCUGUAAUCCUUUGAUCAUUUUAAUUACUAAAAUAAAAGGUACCUAACAAAUUCAAUUUUGGGACGCGGGUGGCGCUGUGGGUAAAACCUCUGUGCCUAGGACUUGCCGAUCGUAUGGUCGGCGGUUCGAAUCCCCGCGGCGGGGUGAGCUCCUGUCUUUCGGUCCCAGCUCCUGCCCACCUAGCAGUUCGAAAGCACUUUUAAGUGCAAGUAGAUAAAUAGGUACCGCUUUAUAGCGGGAAGGUAAAUGGCGUUUCCGUGUGCUGCGCUGGUCUGGCUCGCCAGAGCAGCUUCGUCACGCUGGCCACGUGACCCAGAAGUGUCUUUGGACAGCGCUGGCCCCUGGCCUCUUAAGUGAGAUGGGCGCACAACCCUAGAGUCGGGACACGACUGGCCCGUACGGGCAGGGGUGCCUUUACCUUUACCUUUAACAAAUUCAAAAUACAAUUUGAGCUCAAGAUAAGUAGACUUAAAGUUAGUGAGAUCCUUGUGCUUCAUGCCAGCUCCAGACAGAUUUUAAACUAGGCACCAAUUUAGUCCACUUCAGUCUCAAGUCUCCUCAUUUAGUGAUAUCCAGUCAAUUAAUUUUCUUCUCAAAUUGCCCCCCUGUGGGGCGUGUGCCCCACAUUGAGAACCAUAGAUUUAAAACAUAAAAAACUAUAAAGGUAAAAUUGAGCAGGCAGUUAAAAGAAUCCAGUAACCAAACUAUAUGGAUCUGAGCAGCGCUUGAAAUUUUGACACUUGAGAUGUGGAUGAAUAGUGGGUAUUAAAUUAUAACAACAACAACAACAACAAAAUUCAACUUUGUUGGAUGUCUCCAAAUUCUAGUGCAAUGAGAGAGGGAGAAAAUAAAGAUGGCUGUUAGCCAAAUGGGCUGUUGCUGCAGGUGUUGUGCAAAUUCAGCCCUGCUCCUCUGCUUGGAAAAUCUCCUGGCAUUGCCAUGGCAUUCCCUUGCCUGGUCCAAGCCAAUCCCUUGGGAAUUCUGGCUGUUUCCGUGUCGGGUGUCUUAACACUUUUGUCUCUUGUCCUUAGACGUGAACCCCACUGUCCACCCUGUGCAGAGCCCCCAAAACAGGUUCUGUAUUUUGAGCAUCUCUCCGGACUCCUUGCCCGCCAUCGCCACAAUCCUCAUUGAUGUCCUGUUCUACUCACACAGGUAAGAGCACAGCAGAGGUGUAGCGGACACCAACCAUGUUCUGCUUUCUGUGCAAAGAUCAAAACUUCUUUGGGGGGCUUCUGGUUCUGCUCUGCCUUAGUGGAAGCAGGCUCCAUGACAGCGGGGAGUUCAUUGGCGAAGGAUAAACAAGGAUGUUUGAGGGUAAUCAUCCUUGCAAAUUCUCCACAAGGACGGGGGGAGUGGGCUUCACUCGCAGUUCGUCUCUGUACCUAGCUCUCGGUCUGGCAUGGAAUGUGGGGGGCAGGAAGGCGCUAAGUGUAAAAGCCCUUCGCCUGCCGAAAAUCAACGCCGCCAUUAAGCAGAGGUUUUCCUGUUAGAACUUAAUUGGGCUAAAGUACAGGCGUGUGCUAGAAGAGAUGAGAUCACAAACUGCGGAACAAACCAAUUGCAAGGACUUUAAGGUUUGAAUUUGAGAUAAGACUUCAUUCGGUGCAAAAGACGGCGGGGUGGGGAGCCUACGGUUUCUUUAUUUAAAGUUUUCUUCUUUCCCUCCUCUGAAUGUUAGUUCAAAUUAUAUUUAUACAAAUGAGGAUGGAAGAAAUUGGAUUAUAAAUAUGGAAUAUAAAUAAUCCAUCAAACGGAACGGUGUGUAUAAAAAAAGGAGGGAAGCUCUAUUUUGCAAAAGGUUUACGGUUGAAACCAAGAGCUGACUCUUCUCCAUCCUUUAUUAUUUACGGAGUGAACUGAAUAAUGCUAAGAGGACUCGGAAUUUAAUUUAAUUGGAAGUAUAAUUGCUCAUAUAUCUUCAGCUGGAAGGAAAGAUGAAAGGAGUGUGUGAACUGCCGAGAAACUGAUAGGGUUCUUUAUUGAGUCAUCUGCAGUUCGACAGACCUCUCUUCUUCCCAAGCUGAGCGGGAAAAUUGUGACAACAGUUUGUUUACUGGGACAGCGUGACUUUUGCAGUUGCUGUUAAAGUUCUCGGUGCAAAAUAACGAAGCAUGGGAUGGAACGAUUGAGAAAUUUCUGGAAGCACAAUGGGAUAUCAGCUCUGCCCAAGGCAUGGUGGAUAACAGCAAAAAUUGGGGGAAAGAAAGCCAUAAUAUCUUACAAGGACAGGAAGAAACACCUUGGACAGAAUAAUUGCCCCACACAGGAAGAACAAGGAUAUAGUUUGAGUUCCUCAUUUGCAGUCUUAUAAAUCCAUUCAAUUGUCAACACGAAUAGAAGUUAUUAAUAUUGCAGUUGUUGAAUAAGGGAUCAUUAUUAUGACCGGAAUGUAACUGAAACUAAUAAGAUUUUGGAACGCAGAAAUAAAUAAAAUCAUCAAACCAUCAAUUUAGCACCCAAGGGGCCCCACUUUAACUAAAUUAUAUAAUUUGGUAUUUGAAUUAUUGGUAUUAAUAAUUGUAAUAUAAAUUGGUAUUGUUAUAAUGAAGCUAUUAUUGGAGUGUAAUUGAAAAUUAAUAGACAUUUAUGAUUACCCCGCCCCCUCUGUUUUUUAAAAAGCUGGUCAGUUAGUGCUACUCAGUCCUUUAUUUUGGCAACUCAUGUGUUUUCCCCUCACCCCAAUUUUCAGCCCCACAAAAGAAGCUGCUUCAGCCAGCCAGGACCUCGACUCCAUUACUUUCUUUGCCUUUUCGCUGAUCGAGGGGUACAUCUCCAUCGUCAUGGAUGCUGAGACCAAGAAGAAGUAAGUGCCGUCAGGUAGACAGCUUUGCUGCAGGUAGCAGGAAAACUUUUAUUAAAUUAAAUGUUUUCUGAGAGUACGGCUGCAUUCACACGGCGGUUUAUUCCAUGUCCCUAACAUUUCCCUGACUCUUAAUUUCCCCAUCACGUUUGAGCUUUUGCAUGACUCGGAAGCCACUUCUGGGAAACGUAGCAGAACAUUAUGGAAAUUUCGCACUCAUUUUCGUAUUAAUUGCUUCGAGGAAGUGGGGAACCCUGUUUGCAGCCCCGCUAAAUCAGAAACUUGCAAGAGGAAAGUGACAAAAUUUGGAGCAGUAAACCAGCGUGCAAGUUCUUCCUUGAUGUUUCCAUGGAGGAACAAAAACAGGCAUAUGGCGAAUCGGCAACAUUGAAUGACAUUUGUUGUUGUGCCUUACCAGGCCCUCUGGUGUAAAUGUGUGGGAUGUAAUCCACUGGGAGCAGUCAAAUACAACAUUCUUUGUUUUCCUAGAGUGGACAUGCAAGGGAAUGUUUGUCCCAGCCAGUCGAAACUUCCUGUUCCUCCUGGCCUGGAGCAUCCUUCCUUGCAUGCGACUAGUGGGUGGGCGUGACCUUCCCAGACCUGGUAAAAGGACAAGGCAUCCUGCCACUCUCUCUCUCUUUUCAAUUUUCCUUUCGUCCUGCGAACUUCCUGGAAUGAACUGCUGGCUGCCAACCAAGCAGCCCCCCAGCUCAUCUCCCUUAUGCGAUAAACCUGUUAGUAUAAGUUUGUAACUUUAAAGCCUAAAGCCUGUCUUCAGAGAUCACACUGUGCUCUGCCUGAUCAUGAGCAAACUUUCUUUUUAUUGCUUAUGAAUAAGACUCUGGUGUCUUUAUUCUUUUAGGAGGGAUUCCAGGGGCCUUAUCAGGAAAAUAUUAGAACACAUUUCAUUCUGGGCAAGCCAGAUUGAAUUUCGUAUUGUCUUAAGAAACUCACACGAGUUCGCAACUAGUUUUCUGUUGUGUAAAUGGGAAUGUAAACUCUGCUAAGUGAAGGAACUUGCUAGCGAAAGUUAGGAAUGAUAUAAUUAAUAUUAAUAAUAUUAAUAAACAAUAUAUCUUCUCCUGCCACCCUGAACAUUCCCACAAAAUGAAAUUUAGCACAGCAUGCCAGUAUAUCAGUCAAAAGUUCCAGUGUUCUGAGAGAGGGAAAAAAUAUCUUCUGUGUCUGCUCUUGCCUUGCCAUGCAUCUUUUAAUAAAAAGGUCUAUCAUGUUGCCUCUUACUUGACUUUUGUCUAAAGCUAAAAGUCCCAAACUUUGCAACCUUUUCUCAUAGAGAGGCACUGCAUCAUUCCCUUGAUCAUUUGUGUUGCCCUUUUUUGAACCUUUUACAAAUGCUGCAAUAUCCUUUUUGAGGGGACCAGAACGGCAUACACAGUAUAUUCCAAGAAUGAUCACCAGCUUUGUCUUUCACAAAUGAUGGCAAUGUGCAGUGCCAGUCAAAGCAUCUCCUGGUGGGGGGUGUCUGUCAGGGCAGGAAUCCCCUUUCUUGCUUGAAAGCCCGUAGUUUGCCUUAGGAAAUUGCCCACUGCUAUGUUCCUAGGCAAUUGCUGGAAUUCAUGCGGUGGUUUGGCUGAGAUUUCUAUUUGUCACGUGGCAGACUUGGGAUAAAGGGUCAUUUCCAUGCAGCACUGUAAAAGCACAGAUAAUGUACCACAGUUCCCAGGGUUAUCUGGUUAAGCCGUGUUUUAUUUAUAUAGGAUAAUUUUAUUGUUUAUUUAACAUAAUUGUUACAAAAUGUAAGCAAAAUGUUAGAAAUACAUACAUGCAUAUAUAUUUCAAAUAAGCACAUAUAUAUGAAAAAAGGAACAAAAGAGAAAAGAAGAAAAAAGAAGAAAAAAUAAAAAAGGGAAAAAAGAAGAAAUGUUGGAAGAAUUUCUUCCAAGUUUAUUCUACAGAUAUCUCAAUAUGAAAAUAAUAAUAAAACUUCAUUGAUUGACUUCCAUCGCUUACACUGCACUUCCUAUAUACAUUUUAAGCAAGCUUGUAUCUGUUGUUCCAUAUUUUCCCCAUACAAUCUCACACAAAUAUUCUAGUCAAUAAGUUUUCUAAAUCUCUCAUAAAUCUAUUCUAAACACAACCAAUACCUUACAUUUAAUCCUUGUCUACAUAGAUAAUCCUUUAAUCAUUUCCAUUGUUUCUGGAUUAUAUUUUUUGGUUUUUGUCUAAUCAAAUCGGUCAAGUUUGCUAAUUCCCAAGUAUUUGCAUAAUUUAUUCAACCAUUCUUCUUUGGUAGGAAUAUAAUUAUAAGCCGUGUGUUUUAAAUGCGUGGUGUGGAUGCGAUCGUGCUGGUGUGUUGUUGUGUUCAGGAAAAACUGAGCCGAAGGGCAGAAGGCACAGACCGUCACGUGGGUGUGGGGCUUUAGAAAAGGUGCCUUCUGGCAGUGACUAAAUUCUCCUGUCUCCUUCUCCCAGGUUCCCCAGCGACCUCCUGCUGACCAGCUCCUCAGGGGAGCUCUGGAGGAUGGUGAGGAUUGGUGGCCAGCCCCUGGGCUUUGGUAAGUGUCUGCAUCCUCACAUUCUGAGCGCUGCUUUUCCUUGUGGGUGGCGUUACUGAUAGCCGUAGGGACGGCUGUUGUUUUUAACAGUAUAAGAUGCUAGCCAUAAAGUACAGCCUUGCAAGUGCUCAGUUACCUGAUCGCCUGCGGCGAGUUAGAAUUUCCUCCAGGCGAGCAGGCAGCGAGAUCUUGCAAGAGCCGACUCUUUCUGUUCCCCUUCCCUUUUAAGCCACACUUACCUGUACCAGGCAGGGACGCGGGUGGCGCUGUGGGUUAAACCACAGAGCCUAGGACUUGCCGAUCAGAAGGUCGGUGUUUCGAAUCCCCACGACAGGGUGAGCUCCCGUUGCUCGGUCCCUGCUCCUGCCAGCCUAGCAGUUCGAAAGCACGUCAAAGUGCAAGUAGAUAAAUAGGUACUGCUCCGGCGGGAAGGUAAACGUUGUUUCAGUGCGCUGCUCUGGUUUGCCAGAAGCAGCUUAGUCAUGUUGGCCACAUGACCCAGAAGCUGUAUGCCGGCUCCCUCAGCCAAUAAAGCGAGAUGAGCGCCGCUACCCCAGAGUCGGUCACGACUGGACCUAGUGGUCAGGGGUCCCUUUACCUUUUUACCUGUACCAGGUAAGCGUGGGUUAUCUAGUAAAAAUGUGUUCCUUGUGCAGCUGGUACAGCCUUAGUGGCGCUAUUUUAAGAGCUACCUUACCAUGUACCGUGUGCCCAUGGUAUAUAUAGUUUGUAUAUUUUAUUGCUCUAAGCUGCUUUGAAACCAACAUGGUGAAAAGUGGGAUAUUAUAUGUGUGUGUGUGUUUAAAUAAAUAAAAUAAAACAUUAAGCCAACGCUGGAAGGUAGGUGUUGGCUGCCAUAUUAUAAUCAAUGGGGAAGACAUCCAAACAGUUCUGGGACUGUAGCUUGUUGAAGGUGCUGAGAGCUGUUUUGAGGGCCCUAUUCCCCUCCCAGGGUUACUGUUCCCAGAGUGGUUUAAUGGUCAAUCUGUCCUCCCAGGGAAUUCUGGGAAAUUGAAUUCUGCGAAACGGGAGGGGAACAGGGCUCUCCUAACAACUCUCAGCGCUCUUAACAAACUGCAACUCCCAGAAUCCUUUGGGGGAAGGGGAAACCAGGACUGCUUAAUGGUAUCAUAGCACCUUAGAUGUGUGGUGUGCAUGCGACCUUUGCUGCCCAGUGCACAUGCUUGUGCUCCAGUCAGUGCUUAAGAGAAGGGGAGGGUUUUUCUUACUAUUUUUAAAAGGGCACAAGUUUAUCACCUGCCUUCUUGCCUCCCCAGAUGAAUGUGGGAUUGUGGCUCAGAUUGCCAAGCCUCUCGCCGAUGCAGACAUCUCUGCGUAUUACAUUAGCACCUUCAACUUCGACCACGCCCUGGUAAGUCGGUCAGGCUUUCUUCCAAGUUGUGAGCAGCUGCCUACCUAUUUUAUUUUAUUUUAUUUUAAAUGAUCAUUUUAAUGUUUUAUUUAGAGGCCUUGUUUGAUUGUCUUUUGAACUAAAGCAGCAUAGUCAUACCUCAGGUUACAGACGUUUCAGGUUGCCUUUUUUUGGGUUGCGGACUGCCAAAACCCGGAAGUACCAGAACGGGUUACUUCCAGGUUUCGGCAGUCGCGCAUGCGCAAAACGUUAAAUCCCACUUUGCGCAUGCGCAGAAGCGCCAAAUCUCAACCUGUGCGUGCGCAGACGCGCCGCUGCAGGUUGCGAACGUGCAUCCCACACGGAUCAUGUUCGCAACCCAAGCGUCCACUGUAUAAAUUUUGUUAAAUGAAAAAAUAUUCUAAAUCCUCUUUGAGCUGUACUGCAGGGAGGAGUUGCUAUUUGGUCCGGCUGGUUUGCUACCCUUCCCCAUCUCUUCCAGGUUCCAGAGGAUGGCAUUGAUAACGUCACCCAAGUGCUUCAGACACGGCAGGAGAGUGGGAGAUAGCCCCUUGGCUCAGUAUGUACGCCGAUUUCUGCUGCACCUGACACCUGGUGUUCCCUGGAGCAAGGCGGAAGCCGCUGGCCCUGAGUGUGAGCCAAGCUGUCCUUUUUUCACAGUGUUUUCUUGGAAACGUGGAGCAACCGGUGCGUCUCCCUCCAGCUGGAGGAGAGCUCUGUUGUUCCUUUGCUCCCAGGAGGGGAGCCCCAACCUGUGCCUUAUCUAGACACUCCCCAGAACCCGGUGAAUCAGUUCUGAUUGCCUGCGUCAGACUUUAGUAUUCUCCAAACCCCGCUCUAGCCUUCCGGCCCUAUCGUUUGGUCCUCAGCCUAGCUGUGUAUCUGGAGCCAAGGAGGGAGAUUCCUGCUCCUGAUGGGCUUCUGGAGAAUCUCUCUCUCUCUCUCUCUUUUGCACAUUACCUGAGCUUUUCCAAUAGGAAGACAAGCCUGGAACUUUUUGUUGUUGUUUUCAUUGUGGUUGCUAAUUUGUUGGAAUUGCACAGUUUACUUAUGAUUGUGAUUUUUUAUUUUUUUUUGAUCCACAGUGCUAAGAUUGGGAUAUAACUGGGGCCAUUCCUUGUUGAGGUGGUUGGCAAAAAGCACACGUUCACACCACAAGUUUAAAGCUCUAGAAUACCGCUUUAAACAGUCCUGGCUUCCUCCAAAGGAUUAUGGGAACCGUAGUUCAUUGAAGAGUUGUUAGGAAGACCCUCUAUUUCUCCUCCCAGAGCUGCAUUUCCCAGAGAUCGUUGGCGAGAGGGAUUGACUGUUAUCACUCUGGGAAUUGUAGCUCUGGAAGAAGAAUGUGGGGCGUGUCUCCUCCAAUGACCCUUAACAAACUACAACUCCCAUAAUUCAUUGAGAGAAGCUAGGACUGUUUAAAGGGGCACCACAGGGCUUUAACUGUGAAUGGUGGGACUAUGGCCUAAGUGAUUGAUCAUCGUCGGUGUUUUUUUUAACUUUAACCUUCCGCCAAGUUCCCAUUUGUAGGUCACUUGACCAGUGGCUUUUUUAAGAACCACUGAUGCACGUCCUGCACCCCCUAUGCUUUCUGCUGGGACAGUGCCCCAUGUUUUAACAGUAUUAAGGCAACGAUCAUUCCUCCAGAUGUUCCCUCCAGAUGUUGCCAGGUUGGCUGGAGCUGAUGGGAGCUGGCAUCUGUCAGCAUCUGUGCCCCCCCCCCCCCAUGCAUUAAUAGACAGGAUACUUCGUCAGAUCUUUGAGCUGGAGGAGGGUGAGGAGAAGGACUUGAGCAACCCCCCCCCCCAAUUCCUCUAUUUCAUGUGGCCUUAAAAUCUGAGGGUGCCUUAUUGUGCUUUAUCAUGAAGCAUUUAUAUACUUUUUACAAAAUAAUGAUGUAUGAAGUUAGUCCCAUUCCUCUCCCUCCUCCUUCCUUUGGGCUACGGGCGAAGGAGCUCAUGCCGGUACCCUGAGAAAUUUAUCGCCCUCCACCGUGUGUUUGAUUUCUUUUUAUUUUGGGGAGGAGGGGACAGACAGACAGAGGAGCAGCUGGGCCAGCAGCCCAGUCAAAGGGGCACCCAGUGCCAGGACCAGAAGAAGGUGGGGUAAGCUGGAAAGUGGGUUGGUGGUGGUGGUGGUGGUGGGGAUCCUGUUUUUGGUUGCCCCACCCCCCCUACAGAAGCUGCUCCGAACAAGUUAAAACUGGUGCCCGUAGCUCUCUCCAGCUUAUUCUGAUGUGUAUGCCGAUCCAGCUUGGAGAGCUUGAUUUGGGGUUUGGGUAUUGUUUGUUUUGAAAACAACCAACGCCAAACCAGCUGAAGAACUCCAUGCUGGAGAAGGGGGUAGUCGAGAUCAUGCAGACCUUUGGAGCUGUUCCAGAUGGCAGGUGCUUUGUAAGGAGGGUAGUGCCAAACCUGAGUUGCUGGGGUUCAUCUCAAGGAAAAAGGCACCCUCAUUCUGUUCUUGUUUGGGGUGAGAGCCCUUUUGUUUCCCCAAAGAGAGCCAGCCAGGUGAAAGACAUUGAGGGUCCUUGCCUGCUGAAAUGAACCCGCUAGGGAACCAGAGCGAGCUGAAGAAUGCUGCCUCCCUUUCUGCUUUGGGGUUUUUUUGGGGGGGGGGGGUGUUGUUGUGCUGGGCCUCGGGCAAUCAGAAGUGCUUAGAUGUGAGCCUUUGGCAAGUUCUCGACCUUUCCUGGGUGCUAACUUUUUGAAUCAGCUUUGAAUGUAGUUUUCCUGGUUGUGAUGGAUCAGCCUUGCAUCACUGGAACUUUUUCAUUUGCAAGCUAGCCUAAAGGGAACCUAUUCUGUUUGUGUUUCUCUUUAAUAUAUAUAAAUAUAAAUAAAGCAGGUUGCCAGUACAGUCGAACCUCUACUUACCACCGCCUCUUCUUACGGUUGUUCCAUGUUGCGACCGCGUCAAACCCGGAAGUAACCGGUGGGUUUGCAACCAUUCGCGCAUGCGCAGGAGCAGCGAUCGCCGUUCACACAUGCGCAGAAGCAGGCGAUCACUGCCUACUCCUGUGCACAAUGGCGCCUCUCCCAGCGACCCGUUUUGACCUCCAGAUGGACCUCCAGAAUGGAUUAUGGUCGCAAAUAGAGGUUCUACUGUAUCUGGGCCUGCUAACCAAGUGAAGUGCAACCCCUUUAGUUUGGGUAAGGUCUCACAGCUAUGUCUGGUUUCAGACUUAUUUCAGGAAGAGCUUUAGGAAAAGGUGUGGCUGUCUGUCAUUUGCACAACUGGGUUUCUACGGUUGCCAAUUAGCUAGAGCUGACUGGGCAUUCUUAGUCUCUGCCCAAGAGCUGCACAAUGUGUUUCCUUUAUGCUUUCCCCCUUUGUGGCCACCUUUUUGCUCAUCCCUAGUCCUCUCACCUGGCGCACAGGUGAAGGGGAAGUAGCACAGCUGCCAAGUGACACUGUCUGUGCUUUCUCUAGGCCAUGGUGAAGGGCUAGGUCUCAGCAGGCAGCCACAAAGGAGUGGUGGGAGCUGGGUAAGUCGAGGGUAGGUUUGAUCAGGGCUGGAGUCCUUGCCCUCUGGGUGGGCUGGCCCAAGCUCUGUGUGCCUGCCCUCCAGAGGAAUGGUGUUGCCCUCAUCUCUCUCCACACCACAGAGCCUGAAAUCGACCCUCCCAGUCCUGGAUUCCUUUUGUGCCAGUUUAUAUGGAGAAUGAAGCUUUUUGCAGACACUAAACCCAGCCUGAGAACUCCUGCGCAGCCACCCAGCACCGUUGGAAGACCUCUGGCAGAACGCAAGGGAACAGAGACCAGUGAUGGCAUCCUUGAAAUUUUUUUUCAGUAUUUUAAUACAGGGCUGAGAAUAGGUGUGCUCAGAUAAGGAGAUCGCCUCCUAUGUAGAUCUCAAGAAAGCGAAGGGCUCUCAUAAGGGGGUAACUCACAGCUACUGACAUUCCUCAUUUUGGCUGCUAGUUGCGGAUUCCUGGCUCAGUUCUAAGACGAAUUACCCGGCGAAACUUCUUUUCAACACUACACCAAUGAAAGCCAGUUUGCGUGCCACGAGAAUGCAAAGUCCUUUACAUUAUUUGUGUGUGUUUGUGCGUGUGCGCAUAGUUUUACAUUUUGUCAAUAAAGGUCAUUUAUUUCUUGCAAAUAA